GCAUGGUGAUUAACUGAUUGAAAUGACCAGUGUUUUGGUUUAACUGAUGCAGGCUUCAGUAUCAGAUCAGAUGAACAGGACGGGAAGCGCCGACCAAAACGAUCGGAGUUAUCCGGAGACGCCACGUCAGCUAGUAGUCCUGCUACUGCAGCGCCGCUCACGUUGAUGAUGAGCAGCUGAGCUGCGGAGCUCGGUGACUGGCUCGCGUCAGACAGACUCCCUCCUCUCCUCGAGAUGCUGUACUUGCCAUCGGUCCAUCACCCUUCCAUCCCGCCACGUUGCGAUCCCCUCGGCCACUUCUAUUAAACGCCAACGUACUCCUCAUCACGCCUCCAAACCCGCCGCUUUGAUUGUACUUGUGCUUUGCUGUUAAAGAGCUCGCCGGCGUGAGUGGUGGCGGGUAGAAGUUAUAUGGAGAGAAUGCGGUGUGUUGGUGGUGGUGACACCCCGUUGGGGUUUCGGGGCGUCGUGGAGGAGGAGCUAGAGGAGGAGGUGGCGGCGGUGUCAGCGUCGGGGAGGCCAAUGCAGCGGCAGCGGCGGCGGCGGCGGCGGUGGGGAGAGGAUGCCGACGAUGGCUACUCGGCGAGCUCGACUGGCGGCGGCGGGAGCAGCGGAUGCGGCUCCUUCGGCUGUGACUCGCCUUUGGCUGGGUUCGUGCGUGCUGAUGGCGACCCGGACACAGAUCUGGAGACAGAUGGGGUGGCCACUCCAUCCUCCAAUGCCUCUGCAGCAUUCGCCGAGCCACACGACGAGGAGGAGGGGGACGAGGUGUUGUGUGGGGUGGUGGAAGGGGACUGGGCACAGCUGCAAGAACCAACCAAGAGUCCGGCAGACCGUACCACCGGAGAAUGCCUGUACCAGCGGCGCCGGUCAGAAGCUGUUCUUUUGCAGGGUAGGAAGGGGUUGAAGCAACGGCCAGCCUCUCUGGACUUUGGCAGCGGCAGCCCCGGGUUCAAUGGAGCCCCUCUUUCUCCGGGCUUUGUGGUUGGGGGUGUGGGUUUGAUGAACAAGGGUCUUGUGUCAUCAUCAUUCAUCAGAUCAGACGUUUUUCCUAGUCCCAGGACACCGAACUAUCGGCGGCAUCGUUCAUCAGUAUUUGGUUACCAAAAGGGGUGGAGCUCUGAGAGAGUACCGCUUGCUUCCAAAGGUAACAGGAGGUACCCAGGCAGCAGCAUGGCAUUUCCCUUCAGCAAUGGGAGGACAUUGCCCUCCAAAUGGGAGGAUGCAGAGAGAUGGAUCUUCAGUCCGAAUUCGAGUGACGUGCUCGAGAAGACUUCAUUUGCUCCUGCUCGGCGACCAAAGUCCAAAAGUGGUCCAUUAGGGCCUCCUGGAAAAUUUGGUGGACAAUACUCAUCUGUGUCAUUGCUUGACAAUGGGAGAGUUGGACAUUUGACAGCAAACUCGCCUUUCUUGGCUGGAGUACUGAUACCAGAACAUUAUUGUGGAGAGAAAGAUAACAUUGGGAGGUAUAUGAGCAGAACAGCUGGUGAGGAGGCCAGCAUUGGCAUUGGAGGCAAGUCUUGUCUGGCAAAUGGUGGGUCUCAUGCUACUCAAUAUAACAGAGUUCGUCGACGACUGGAUACUGCGAUUGAGUCAUCACCUUCAUUGCCUAGCACCCAAGCGUCUGUACAAGAUGAACAGGUUGGAAUCACAGAAGAGUCAGCCUCCAUUAUCACCCCUAUAAUUUUGCGGAAGGAUGCGGCAACUCAAACAAGCCCAAAUCUAAGUCGGUCAUCUUCGCCCAGUGUCAGUACUCCAUUUAUCCAUUUGCUUACGACACACCAAGUCAGAGAAAAGGAGAAUUGUUUCUCUGAUGUUAUCAGGGAUGUGCACAUGGACGAUCGAGUGACUCUUACCAGGUGGUCCAAGAAACAUGUUACACGAGCAUCUAGCAAGAACUCAACAAAUGUUAUAGAUGUGAAGAAAAAGACAGUGGAGUCUAAGUCUUCUUCCUGGGAAUUAACAGAAGCAAAAUCCAUAUCAAAGGUUGAGCGAGAGCAAGAAAAAAUUACUGCUUGGGAACACCUCCAAAAAGCCAAGGCUGAGGCAGCAAUCCAAAAGUUAGUGAUGAAAAUCGAGAAAAAGAGAUCAUCUUCACUGGACAAGAUUUGGAACACCCUCAGGUCUGCACAAAGAAGAGCACAGGUAAUGCGUGAAACUGCAGCAGCAAACCAGGAUGAGCAAUCUUCCGGGAAGGCUAAAAGGACAUCACACCUUAAUAAGAACGGCCAGAUCAGCUCUCUGAGUGGCUGCUUCACUUGCCAUGCCUUCUAGUGUCAUGUAGUUUAAGAAGUGAGGAACAGGACUUAAAGUAAUUCUUCGUGUUAUCAACACGCUCGUGUUGACUUAGUGAAGUUCAGAGAUUUACAGAAUAAAGAUGAUCCAGCAGAUGGAAAUUAUCCCCCCUUGAAUUUUGACAAGAUGCUGCUGCAACAAUGGGGGACCAUGCAUUAUCAUGAUAUAGAUUUCUACAGUUCUGCUUUGUGUUAGUUUCGAUUCUGCCAUGGGGGGACAAGAGAAAAUGGUGCCACGAAGGAAAGGUGAAAUUCUUCUGCAUACAUCCCAUGUGCCUGAUUGAUAUCUUAGCACAAUGAUAAUUGAUAAGGUCCUCCUCUAUCAUUCAUUACCCAUUACCAACAUUCUAGAUGCUAUGAGUUUGUGUGCGAUGAAAACAAAGCAGAUAUGUAUCAUUUGCACCACAAUUCCAACGGAUAGAUAAGAAGGGAAUGUUUCAGUCAGAGGGAAUACAGUGCCUUACUGUGAUUCAUGCUGGAAAACUCUACUGGAUUGUGAAAGGGAACCAGGUGGAAUGCAAUAGAUUUAGCUAGCGUAUGCUACAUUUGCAUACACAGUUACAAUAGCAUGUGUUGGAGAAAAAUAUAGGAAUACAGGAAAAUAGAGAUUCUGUUUGAAUUUCAUGGCAAUUUGACAAGCUCUUCGCAGAACAACUCUCCCAUUUCUGUAAUGAGCUGUUUCUUGUAAUUCCUAUUGCAACACAUAGGCGUUACUGAAUGUUGAUAAAUGAUAUUGCCAUCGCAAUUUUUUUUUAGAAAAAUAA